GCACACGUCCGCAUCACGGCGUCCCCGUCACACCCGGCUCCCGGGAUCCCACGCUGUAGACACGCCCCCGGCCUGGGUCCAGCUCUCUCCGCCUAGUCCGGGUUACGUGGCAGCGAUACCGUCAGCAGCACAGCGGCGGACAUAUUACAUGCCGGUCGGUGGAAGCGGUAACCGGCUGCUGCAGGGUAUCCCGUUACACAGCGGAGGGAUCCGGGAGGUGUUGCAGUCAGCGGAGCGGCCGUGCACAGUGCCCCAUCACAGAAAAUGAUGGAAGAGAGCGGCAUUGAGACAACUCCCCCUGGCACUCCUCCUCCCAGCACCUUGGGGACAUCAAACGCAGCUGCUACAGCUAUCGCCACUCCAGUGCCACCAGUUUUAUCAAGUCCAUUACCUCCUCUGACAGUCCCGUCUGCCCAGUGCUUUUCUCCUCCUUCUUUCUCAUCCCCUCUUCCACCUUCAACCAUUCCUCCCAUGAGAACCUCCGCUCCUCUGCCUUAUACACCCCCACCUUUGGCCUCAGGAGGGUUACUGCCUCCUCUUCACACAUCUGCGCCUGCAGGUUUCAGCAGUCCUAUGCCAUCCUUCUCUUCUCCUGCAUCUUUUCCUCCUCCUCUUCCACUCAGCUCCACUCCUGCACCUGUCUUAUCAGCACCACCUAUGGGUCCUCCAGUCACAGGAUUUUCUAUGACGUCCACCUAUGAUAUUACAAAGGGUCACGCGGGGCGAGCACCACAGACACCACUGAUGCCUUCAUAUUCUGCACCUUCUGUCUCAGUUUUACAAAAUCCUGUUACCCAGCUUGCCCCUGGCCCCCCUGGAGCAUCCAGCCCUUCCAUUACAUUUCCGGAGGAGCCUGAAGACCCCAGGGUGUUUGCAGCACACAGUGAGUCCUCUGCUGGAGGAAUCUGGGGCUUUUUUAAGGGAGUCGCUGGAAAUCCCAUGGUGAAAUCUGUGCUGGAUAAGACCAAACACUCAGUGGAGAGCGUGAUCACCACUCUGGACCCUGGCAUGGCUCCAUAUAUCAGAUCUGGAGGAGAGCUUGACCUAGUGGUAACCUCAAAGAAGGAAGUGAAGGUUGCUGCCGUGCGAGAUGCUUUUCAAGAAGUUUUUGGCAUGGCCCUUGUAACAGGAGAAGACGGGCAGUCAAACAUUGCUCCUCAGCCGGUUGGCUAUGCUGCAGGUCUGAAGGGAGCCCAGGAAAGGAUUGAUAGCCUCCGUCGGAGUGGCAUGAUCCAUGAGAAGCAGCCUGCUGUGUCGGUGGAAAAUUUCAUAGCUGAGCUUCUGCCAGACAAGUGGUUUGACAUUGGCUGUAUAAUUUUUGAUGACCCAGUCCAUGGGAUACGUUUAGAAGUCUUCACACAAGCCACACCUGUGCCUAUAGAAUUUGUACAACAGGCCCAAAAUCUCACCCCACAAGACUACAACCUCCGUUGGUCUGGGCUGUCGGUAACAGUGGGCGAAGUGCUGGAGAGAAGUUUGCCCCAUGUCAGCAGGACUGAUUGGCACAUGGCCUUCACAGGCAUGUCCCGUAAGCAGAUGAUUUACAGUGCAGCCAAAGCUCUGGCGGGAAUGUACAAGCAGCGUCUCCCACCAAGAAUUCUUUGAAAGCAACCUGACUUGACAAUUUUUUUUUAUAGAAUUGUGUGUAUAGAUCUAAGAUGACUUGGAGCAGUAGUUCUCUAUUGUUGAAAGCACAAUUGCCUUCUGUUGAGAGAUCUGAUUUCUGUGCUAUCAAGAGGUUACAACAUGUGAUAUAUGCAUUGCUAAACAUCUGAAAUGUAGGCCCCUUCCUACCUCCACUCACAAUGCCUGUGGCAAGUAGGUAGGCCGGGCUUAUACUGCCUAUACAUUCUUCAGUAAUCGCAUCAUGUUGGCUUAUAUAUUUGCUUUAAUCUAUGUAUGUCAAUGUAUAUAAUGCAAAUGUCCCAUCAUUUUCAUAUGUGUAGAUCAUACAGCCAGGAAUAUAUUAAAUGUGAUUGCACCUUAAUUGUCCAGUUUUUCUUAAUUAUUAUUUGGUAGUUAUUAGGGUCCUUUACCAUGGGCUUGAUAUCAAUCCAAGCAUCAAUGAUCCCCUCUGUAUAGGGAUGAAUAAUCACUACAGCGAUUGUUGAUCCCCUUACAGAUUCAUUGUUUGUUGGCAGUACAUUCCUGUUGUGCUGCCCACAAACAAUGAUUUCAGGAGCCGCAAAAGAGAUGAGAUCACCCAGCAAACAAGCGUUUACUGCUGCCAAUCGCCAAUUAUCGGAAACAAGCUUUCAAACAAAUCUUCAUCUCCGAUGAUUGUCCUGAUCCACUCCCCGUGUUAAAGGGCCCUUACAGUUAAGGAUAAUAACCUUAUCUAGGUGGUAGUUGCAGUGGUGACCUGGAAGAAUGGCCUGCCACCCUUGAUACUGAUUAUCUUUUGUCUUUAGAUUGCAAAUGAAUAUGUCUACUAACUAAUAACCUGUUUUUGGUAAAUUACAUAUAAUGUUUGGGUGCAGUUCAUCUCCAUUUUGAUCCUUGGGAAGUAAUUCAUGCUGUUUAUUGAGUCCUAAGGGAUUGCAGUGAUGUCAGACAAGCUGGCGAUCACUUCAACCCACUUCCCUUUUUGUUCUAAUGUACAUAUAUUUCCAUCUGUGUUACAAAUCUGGCAGUGCCUAUUCUAGUAAAGGUUCUGAAUGUCCAUUGUGCAUGUAGAAUGUUAUGUCAGAUUUUUGUCUAGCUUCCAAAUACAGUGUAAUCCAAAAUUGCACCUCAAUGACCAGGAUGGUUAUUUUAGAGCUAAGUAUUUUGUGGUUGUUUUAUAGAAGAUUGCAUAAUCACCUAUGGCAUAUACCUUUCCUUAAAGAGUUAUUCCCAUCUUGGAUGUCUGAUAGAUGCGGGACCCAGAGAUGGGAUCGGCAGCUAUACUUUGAACGGAGCCCGCAAAGUGCCGGAGGACGCACAGCACAUGCGCGGCUGCCCUCCAUUCAUUUCUAUAGGGCUUCCGGAAAUAGCCAAGCCAGUGGUCCCAGCGAUUUGCCCCCAAUAUCCAAGAUGGGAAUACCCUUUUAAGUACUUAUUACACAGGCUGAUGCAUUAGCAGUUACGGGGGGAUGUACCGAAUGUUCCUGGUAAUUGCCUGAUCGUUGAGCCAAGAUGAUAGGUGCAUUUACACAUAGGAGUAGGAAGCAUUUCCUCUGGGGACGAACAAUGGCUAGUGUGAUCGUUGGUCCCCAUAAAGAUUCGUUGUUUACUGGCAGCGUAUCCCUGUUUACACAGGGCAAUGUGCUGGUGACAAUGGUUUAAUGUGCAACAUAAAAGAUGUGAUAACUGGGAGACCGCCAGCGCCUUUACACAGGGCAAUUCUGUGAUCGGCGGCACCUUCACACAUAGCAAUUAUUGGGAACAAGUGUUGCCCUUAUCCUCACCCCAUGUAAAGGGGCAGCUUGAUGGCUAUUGGGCAAACACUUGUUCAGUUGACAGCCAUUAUUUUUGUACUAAAUGCAGACAGGAGGAGUGAAUUUGUAUUUCACAGAAGCCUGCGGGGUUAAUACAGACGUUGCUUCUACUUCUAAGGAUACGGGUACAUGGCAACACACGUCACAACCAAGUAUCCCAGUGUAGCAGGACUGCGAUAGGAAUGAAUGUGGUCGCAGCACAGCUCACCCGUCUGUUGUGACUGCGACAUGUGAAUCGCAACAAUCCCGCAGUGUUGGAUUUUUUUUUGUGAUUCGCAUGUCGCAGUUGCAGCAGACAUGCGAGUUGCACUGCGAUACUUCAGAAAUCGCCAUGUAGCCGGAGUGAUUGACACGUGACAUUUCCAGUUUUAGUGCUGCUGUAUAAUAUUCAUUCAGCAGUGAAGGGGGGAUUUACAGAAUCCCAUGUGCACAAAGCACUUGACAUCUGUGCAGCUUUGGGGGAUGACUGUAAUUUUUCAGUUGUUUUCCACAGUUCAACAGCAAAACACUGCUCUGCAGCUAAGCUCGAUACCCUGUGCGGAUGUGGAAAUACUUUAUUCUUUGUAGGUUAUGCUCACAUUUUUGUUAAAGGCAUUGUUUAGAGGGGGAAAAAAAGCUGCUUUCUUUCCCAGAAACGCCUCUAUUGUCCAUGAGCUGUGUCUGGUUUUGCAGCACAGCCCCAUUCAAUUGUGCGGUGCUGGUUCUUUAAAAAAAAAUUGAGACCAAAACCUAUUGAAAUAUCCAAUUUAUCUCAAGUGAAGCUUAUUGUUAUGACCAGCGGUACGCUCAGAAGUGAAAGGAUUGUUACCUCUAUUGUCCUUCUGCCUUUUAAAAUAUCAUUUUAGAUGUUAUCUCUGGUCGAAAAUUUAAAAUAAAGAUUUCUGGAGCUCGUUUUAUCAGGCCCUUGAUAAAUGGUGUGUCCAAGUCCUAUAUUAUGAAUGAUAGCAUCAGUGUUGCAUUUUACUGCCCUUGCAAGAAACGCAGCACAGACUUUUACAAGCUUCACUUUAUUCUCCUUUACAGUGAAUCACAGCGUAUAUCCCACUGUGAGCGAAAUGCGUAGGAAGCCAGGGCGGGCAUGGUGACUCAUGCCACACAUAGCCCUAUGUAUGAGCAGAAAUAAUUGCUACUGCUUGCUAUUGCUUUCGCUUGUGCCAGCCGCAACACUGUGGGUCGAGCUUCAAUAAAAAACCUGGUGCCUUGUUGUACAUGGUAAAACUGAGCUGUAAUUGCUUUUGGAGUUUUUCUGUAUUUUAUAACAUUGAUUUUUCUUUGGAGAUUCAUUACAAGGGGAGGAAAAUAUAAAAGGGACUGUCGCCAGUUUUAUGCUGCUUUAUCUGAGGACAGCAUAAACUGGUGGCAGAGACCCUGAUCGAAACGCUGGGUCACCCCAUCUCAUAAUCCAUGGUUUACAAAAAAUUACAAAACUUUCAAGAAAUUUUUAAGAUGUGUAUUGUGUAACAGGUCUUUUUCCAAACAAUGCCAUUGCUAUUUACAAUUAUCCAUCUCCCCCAGCCAGCGCCACCAGCCCCAUGCAUAGCCAUCCACCGCCCCCCCACGCAUCAGUAGAUUGGGGCCCCUGCUAAUAUACUUACCUUUCCUGCAGGGUGCAUGGCUGGCUUAUGGAGUCCGCAGGAGACAGACUGCGUCUUCUUCCCAGCAUGCACUGGGAGGGACCUGAUGUCAUACACAGCAUCAGCCCUGGCCAGUGCCGAGUCGGGAGGAUACGGAGUGAUGAGUGAGAAGCUUCAAUGAUAUGGCGAUAUAGACAAAAUCUAUAUCGUUGCCCGAAUUUAUAUCGUAUAUUGUUUAUAUCGCCCACCCCUAAUUGGCAGUUCUCUUUUUGUGUAGGAAGAAAGUUACCACUCUGCGGUUUGCAGAGCGGAAAGCAGGGAGAUCAUGAAUACAAGGACUCCAAGCUCGUGCACUGCCUUGAGCUGCCCAGUAGGGAUCGGAAGAAAA